GCAUUAAUAUUCUCAGAGGUCAACAAAAGCAAGCGAUUCCUCAAGUCCACAUUUUCUUCGCAUUGAAGCUCAUAGGAAUCCCUGACUUCCCGCUCAAGCUUCUUCCUUCACUCCUUGAUAAUUUGAUCAACGCCGGCGGAAGGAGAGAUCAAACGGGGAGACGAUCAUGCAGCCGAAUAGAGUUCUGUUGGCUCUUUGCCUGAUCGUGCCUCUGGCGCGGGCCACAACCGUUAGCUACUGCGAUAAGAAGACUGAAUAUGAUGUAAAGGUUAGUGGAGUUGAGAUCUCGCCUUAUCCGGUGGCGAGAGGCAAAGCAGCUACCUUCAGCAUAUCUGCAUCUACAGCUGAAACAAUCUCUGGUGGAAAACUGGUAAUUGAUGUAUCAUUCUUUGGAUGGCACAUCCACAGUGAGACACAUGACCUUUGCGCCGAGACAUCUUGCCCUGUGUCAAUUGGUGACUUUGUGGUUGCUCACUCUCAGGUCUUACCAGGGUACACUCCUCCGGGUUCAUAUUCUCUCAAGAUGAAGAUGUAUGAUGGAAACAAGAAAGAGUUAACGUGCAUCGGCUUUGAUUUUGAUAUUGGACUCGCAUCAUCCGUGGCUGAUAGUUAAAUGAGCGCUCGCUGGUGCCAUGGAAACAUGUCUUUUGUAUGUGCUGGUGUUUGAAAAGAAUUUGUUAUCACAGUCCAUCGAUUCCUUGAAUGAACGAAUAUGCUACUAUGACCGUGUAAUUAAAUGACCAUUCUAUGUACUUGUGUCAUAAUAAGAGUGCGCUUCGAGCUUAUGUCAAGUGUCUAUGAUAUUCUUUGCAGUGUCACACUUAUCAGAUUCCAAUGUAUUGUAAUAUAUUUAUCACCAAAA